CUAUAUCAGCAAAUUAACAUCUACAGUCCUCAAAGCCCUUUUACAAAUUUCUUGAUCGACCCAGAAAUCCACUCAACCUAGAAUUCAAUCCUUUGAUUCAGGUGAUUCUGGAAAUCAGCUCGUUUGAUCUCAACUGUCUGGGUUUAAGUGUGGUGAUUGAGCACUUAUGGAUCGGCUAAAUGGUUCUCCACGUCUCAUGAUAGUUUCUGAUCUUGACCAUACAAUGGUGGAUCAUCAUGAUCCAGAGAACCUCUCACUGCUUAAGUUUAAUGCCUUAUGGGAAGCCGAUUACCGUCAUGAUUCACUGCUAGUUUUCUCGACUGGGAGGUCUCCUACACUUUAUAAACAGUUGAGGAAAGAGAAGCCCAUGUUAACCCCAGAUAUAACAAUAAUGUCGGUGGGAACUGAGAUAACAUAUGGUGAUUCAAUGGUGCCAGAUGAUGGUUGGGAGCAAUUUUUGAAUCAGAAAUGGGACAAAAACAUUGUUGUGGAGGAAGCAUCCAAGUUUCCCGAACUCACUUUUCAGUCUGACACAGAGCAGCGACCACACAAGGUGAGCUUUUAUGUAGAGAAGGGUAAAGCCCAGGAGGUGAUGAAGGCUCUUUCAGAGAGGCUGAAGAAACAUGGGUUAGAUGUAAAAAUAAUUUACAGUGGUGGGAUGGAUCUUGAUAUUUUACCACAAGGUGCUGGCAAAGGACAAGCUCUUGCAUAUUUACUUAAGAAGUUCAAGGCUGAAGGCAAGCCACCGAAAAACACUCUUGCAUGUGGUGAUUCUGGUAAUGAUGCCGAGCUUUUCAGCAUCCCAGAUGUACAUGGUGUAAUGGUUGCAAAUGCCAUGGAAGAACUAUUACAUUGGCAUGCUGAAAAUGCUAAGAACAACCCCCAUAUAAUUCAUGCUACUGAAAGGUGUGCAGGAGGGAUCAUAGAAGCAAUUGGUCAUUUUAAGCUAGGUCCAAGUGUAUCUCCAAGAGAUGUUAAAGAUUUCUCAGAGUGCAAAGUGGAACAUUUCCAUCCUGGUCAUGAAGUGGUGAAGUUUUACUUGUGCUAUGAGAGAUGGCGGCGUGGAGAAGUUGAGAAUUCGCAGCAUUUUUUACAGAACUUGAAAGCAGUCUUUUAUCCAUCUGGAAUCCUUGUCCAUCCUUCUGGAGUUGAGUGCUCUCUUCAUAGCUGCAUAGAUGCAAUGGGAAGUUGUUAUGGAGACAAACAAGGAAAACAAUUCCGGAUAUGGACUGAUAGAGUUUCAUGUGCACAGAUUGGUUCAGACAUAUGGCUCGUUAAGUUUGAUAAGUGGGAACUCUCUGAUGAAAAACGGCAAGGUUGUUUGAGCACAGUUUUGUUAAGUACGAAGGGUAGUACAUCAUCAGAAGGCCCUAUUUGGAUGCAUGUGCAUCAGACGUGGUCGGACGGAUCAGGUUUAAAAGAUCAAACAGGCUGGCUUUUCUAGAUUAGGCCUCUAUUAAUAUGUCAUUCUACUUGUUUUAAUUAACAAUCCUCCAUUUCCAUUGGGUCAUGCAUGUAAUGUCUAGUAUAACAAUUUUCACUUUCAUUUCUCAGCAAUACUCGAGGGCUGUUAAUUAAUUUUUAAUUGAAGAAAAUUUACCAGUUUCCUUGC